AUGACUCCACGGAGGAAAACAAUGACAACCAGUCAAAGUCAAAUGGAAAAGGCAAAGAAGAGGGGAAAGCGAGACAAGGCGUCAGUGGAGUGCGAAUGCUGUGAAAAAUGGGUGGAUAUCAGCGAGACACCUUUCGAAUCAUGCACGGAGGCGGAGAACAGUACAUACAAAUGUAAGGAGUGCAAGGAAAAUGAGGUGAGAAGAAUCACCUUGGAGGAGGAGAUCGAACGGCAAGUUAAUGCCUUGAGAGAGGCAAUGAGAGUGAAGCUGGAGGAGGCAAAGACAGAGAGAGCGGCCAUAGAAAGUAGGAUGUUGGCGAAGCUCGAAGAGGAGAGAACCUUGAGAAUAGCGACGGAAGAGAAACUGAAAGCAAUAAUGCAGGAGGAAAGGAACAAGAGAGAAAAAUUAGGGGAGGUGUUUAAUGAAUGGAUGAAGUCAUGUGAACCAGAGCAAAUGACGGUCAACGGGGCUGAAAACGCGCCGCAACAGCUGGAACCGAGAAACGGGGUCAAAUAA